GAAGAGAAACAAGCCUGCUGUGAGCGGCUGUAUUGGGUGAUUUCUGAUGACAACAACGAACGAACGACGGAGAACAAGACGAGACACGCCACCACCACUGCCACGAUGCAGCCAUGCAAACGGGCGAAGGAUGGUGGCAGGGAGGACGCUGUGAUUGUCGUGGACGACGACGACGACGAUGAGGACGGCGUUGGAAAUGAGGGCAGCGAGGAGAAGGUCGAGGAUGAGAGGCGCACUGGCACUGGAGAUGAUGGGCGGCUGUAUGGCAGCGACGACGAAGCCGACUUCGUGAACCCAGCGACUGUGACAGUGCAACAACACCCACGGCAACUUGCGCGUCACAGGCGCUACUGUCAGCCACGGCUUGAUGACAAUAGCAGCAGCCAGCACCACGAACAACAACAACCACAGCAGCAGCAGGCAGGACAAGAGCAGCGACAGCACGGGCAACACGACGAGCCUGACAGCAUCGUGGAUGAAUCACAUCUAUGCACGGUCACGGUCAAGUGCGACAUGUGUGGCUACCAUGUCCUCGCCACAGAGAUUGACGUCCACUUGGAAGAGCACUCCCUCGAACUUGCAAAGCGGUUGAUGGAGAAAGAGCAGAACAAGCGAGCGCCAGAAACAAGCAAGGACACGAGCGACCAACCAAUGGGGAAAGCGGAGGCUGCAGCGUACCAGCGCAUCUCCCAAUACUUUAACAAUGGAACGCGGUCCAUCCUGCCGUCAAGGGCAGAUGCAGCCGCUGCACGGCGGAUGGGCCAUCACACCGCAACCGCCGCCAGCAGCACCAUGCCGCGCAUCAUCGCCUCCGUGUCGGCGGAGGAGCCACCACGGCCCUCCAUCCACAGCACAGCGUCGCGCCGUGCACGCAAGCGCAGAGCAUCGCCGCCACCCUCCACAUCUACUUCAACAGCUGCAACAAUUGAUUUGAGCGCGUCUGCUUCAUCAUCAGCACCGUCAUCAUCAUCGUCAUCGUCAGCAGCGUCGACGUCGACAACACUGCCGCCGCCGCCGCCGCCAGCAAUGGCAGCAACAACGAUACCAUCGUCAUCAUCAUCAUUGUCGUCAUCAUUGUCAUCUUCGCGCAAGCGUGGGCACAGCAGCCACGAUGCAGCAGUGCUGGUGAAUGAUGACAACGGAGAUGGUGACGACGAUCAUGAUGGUGAUGAUGACAAUGAUGACGAUGAUGACCUGUUCACAGCGAUGAUGCGCGCAUCUGCCAAGAAUGCGGGUAGGGGCGGCAGAAACGGCAGCAACAACAACAACAGUGGUAGCAGGAGUCGACACGAGCGUGGUGGCACCAGACCUCGCAGCAGGACACGACACAGGUCCACGACAACGACAAGAACAACACGAGCCUCCACAUCAUCGUCAUCGUCAUCGUCAGCAUCAUCCAAGACGAAAACUGCUGCUGCCGCGCCACCUCGCAGCAAGUUGCAUCUCGCUGUGUCCAGCACGCUUCACCGUGGCUGUGUCAACAUUUCCCACGUCCCCGUGUCAUACUCGCGCCCACGUGCGCUGGUGGUCGAGGAGCACGCCGGCUACGAUGGUGUGUGGUCUGCGAUGCAUGGCGCACUUCUCAACGCCGUUCGAUUCAGCAAAAUCCCAUCGGAGUUCACGCUGUGCAGGUUUGCGCGCGUGUUUGGGCAGAGCGGGUACGAACGGCUGUGGUCGUGCGGAUAUCGCAACAUGCAGACGAUGACAGAUGCGCUAAUGGCCCGCGACCAUUUUUCCCGUCGCCUCUAUGGCGGCUGCGGCCAAAUCCCAGCUCUCAGCGCCCUGCAGCGGGAACUGGAGGCCGCCUGGUACAGCGGCUUUGAUCCGGACGGCGCUGCGCAGUUUGGGUACAAAGUGAGCGGCACAGGAAAGUGGAUUGGAACAACGGAAGUGUGCGCGCUGUUGCGAUAUUAUGGCCUCGAUGCACAUGUGGCAACGUUUGUGCGGACGGGCGAAAGUGCGACCAUUGACGCCUACGAAGGGCUUGUUGACUGGGUCUGGCACUACCUCCACUUCUCUCACACCAACACGCACAAGCGAGAAUUCGGUCGCGUGGAGGCUGGUGUGCAUGUGAGCGAAAUGCCCCCGCUGUAUUUCCAACACGACGGCCAUUCCCGCACGGUCGUUGGCAUGGAGCGCAAGCAGAUGAAGAACGGAAGCGUCAAGGUGAACCUGCUUGUGUUGGAUCCGUUGACGCGGCCGCAAACCCUUCACAAGUCGCUGCUCACAGGCGGCUGGGAGAAGUAUGUGAAACGAGGCCUGCACACAUUGCACAAGCCGUCGUACCAGCUGGUGUUUGUUCGGGGUGUCAUGGACAAGUUGCAACGCGAGCGCAGCAAGAGCAUGCGUGUGGACAGCGGCACAGCCUGAGCGAAUGUGUGUGUGUGUGUAUAUAUGUGUGUGUUUGUGGGUGUUCUUGUGUGCGUAUCGUGCUCGUGCCCACCUUUACUCUAAGCACCCUUCUCUUUCCGUCCUUUCACGAGUUGACGUGAAUGCAAAAGCAUCUGAUGAAAUGUAAUGUAAUCCUGAC